AAUUGCAGAUGUCGUCGUCUUCGUAUCUCUUCCUUAUUCAGAUUUCCGUGUUCAUCCUCUGUAAUUGCUCAACGGAAGCUCGAAGUUCUCCUAAUAUAAGCUUGGGAUCCUCUCUCUCUCCGCUUGGUCGUCAAAUCUCAUGGUCGUCUUCCUCCGGCGACUUCGCUUUCGGAUUCCUUCCCGUCGUCGACGACGGAAGAGCCACCAGACGAUUCCUCCUCGCGAUCUGGUUCGACAAGACCGACCCCAAAACCGUGGUCUGGUCUGCUGAAGUCAAUCCAUCGGCCACCGGAGAGGCGACGCUGGAGCUCAAGACCGACGGCCGACUCGUCCUCACCGACGCCCAAAAUCGCAUCUUGUGGAACUCCUCCGGAGUCAGCGACGACGUCUCUCACGCCGCCAUGCUCGACGACGGAAACUUCAUCCUCGCCGGUCCCGACGGAUCGCCGCGGUGGCAGAGCUUCCAGCAUCCGACGGACACUCUGUUACCGGGGCAAUCUCUCCUGCCCGGGAACAAGCUCCGGUCGAUGGAGACGAACCUCUUGCAGUUGCACAGGAGGUUCGAGCUCCUUCUAGAGGCCAAUGGCAGCGACCUCGCGCUCUACGCCAUCAACACGCUGUCCGGCUCAUCGUACGGCUUUUAUUGGUCGGUCAACACGUCUACUAUUGCUACACAACUCUGCUUCCAGCAAUCGGGACUUCGCCUCAAUCUAAUGAACGAAUCGGUUAUCAGCAUCACUUCGCCAUCGCCGGAAACAGAGAGAGAUAUGUACCAAAGAGCGACGAUUGGUGACGACGGAGUCUUCCGGCACUACGCGCACCCAAAGAACAACGCGACAAUGGGAUGGAAAACCGUCGCCUUCUUCCCGGAGGGGAUCUGCAAGGCGGAGUUCACCUACGGCAGCGGGAUCUGCGGAUUCAACAGCUACUGCAAAAUGAACGAAGACAAAGUAGACUGCAAGUGCCCUCCGAGGUACUCCUACUUCGACCCAAACAGGACAUUCGGAGGCUGCAAACAGGACUUCCGCAUGCAAAGCUGCGAGGUGGACGAGUCGUCGAUGUUUGAGCUGAUGCCCAUGCCGAACGUCGACUGGCCUCUGGCUGGCUACGACCACUUCUGGCCGGUGCAGGAGGAGAAGUGCAAGGAAUGGUGUUCGCUGGAUUGUUUAUGUGCCGCCGUGAUCUUUUGGAACUCGACGGGCGAUUGCUGGAAGAAGCGGCAUCCGAUGUCGAAUGGGAUGUCCGGCGGCUUCGUCAAUAGAACGGCGUACAUAAAGAUACCCAAAGGAGAAGGAGGCAGCGGCGGAAGUAGCCUCGCCGGAGUAGCUACCAGUUGGGGAUACGUUAUGCCUCAAAUCGUGGUCCCGAAUGCAAAAUAAUAGAAUGAAGGGUGCUUUAUGCAAAAUCGCAUACGUCGGAUUUUAUUCUCAGCCGUUCGAUCCCAUGAUUAAGGGUUAAAUUGCGCAUACAUAUCUCCUUCGCUACUUCUUAUAUUUAAAAAUAUCCAUCAAAAGUGUGUCUAUAUUAUGGCUGUUAUAUUAUUUUCUAUUGG